CAUGUUUCGGAAGCCCUAUAUCAAAACUGAUUCGGAUAGUGAAGACGAUCAUCCAGUGAAAAGUCAACGAUUAAGCAAGAUUUCAGAGGGGAAAAAAUUCAAAACGCUUACCGAUAACUCAACAUCAACUAGCUUGAAAAAAUUUACAAAUUAUGAAUCUUCUAUUGAUAGCGAUUCUGAAAUCCUUGCUAAGCCUCGUAAUAAAUUCAUGACUCUGUCAAGAGCCGCUAAGUCUAAACUUUCCUUCACAAUUUCGAAAUCUGAUAGUAUGAAAAGUAUAUCUAAAGUUCGCAACGAAGCAAUUAAAGCAUUUAUGGCCGCAAGCAACGAAAUAUGUAGUGAAAAAGACUCAUCAAAAACCUGUUUGAAACCCAUUUCAAGGAGCGAGUUGUCGAAAUCCGAAAUGUCGAAAAUAAAGCCAAUAAUUGGUAAAAUACCUCAUAAACAAAAACCUACAGCUGAACAUAAAUCAUUUGAGAGUAUUGUUAACACUACUGCAACGUCCUCCCUUUCCCAAUCAAUGGAAGACCAAUCUGAAAUAGAAUUUGAAGAACCAAAGAAACCUAGCGUGUCUCGUUCCAAAGAAAAAUACUUGAGUAAAGAUAGGGAAAAAAAUUUGAGAAGAUCGCUUGAAGCAUAUUCCCAUGGAGAAAAUGAAGUAUCAUCGUAUCCAUUUGAAAAACCUACUUCUCGCAAACAAAAUCGAAUGUGUUUACCGAGUUAUCUAAAUCCGUUUCAAAGAUUUGCGCAAAGGAGCAAUAUGGGAAAUGUAACGUAUAACCCAAUGUCUGAAUUUAUGACAAAGUAUGAAAGUCUAUCAGAGUCUUAUUUUGAUACUCAUUGUCAUCCGGAUUAUAUUCUAAAGCAACAAGAAUAUACGGGAAGCUUCGAAUCAUAUAUGAACGAUAAUGCUAUGUCAACGCCUAAGACUUAUAAAGGCUGUUUGGCAAUUUUUUGCGAUCCUAAAGAAUUUAAAUGCAAUCCACAUGCUUUGUGGAAUCAGACGUUGAAAGUGUCCAACGUUUACGGAUCGGUUGGUUGUCAUCCUAAGAAAGCCAAAUAUUAUAGACCCUACCAUGAUAAUAUUCUGGAAGAAAUGCUUGAUCAUCCGAAAUGCAAAGCAAUUGGAGAAAUUGGACUCGACUAUUCUGGAUCUUUUGCGAUGGACGAGGAAAUUCAGAAGCGAAUUCUUCACAAACAUUUAAAAAUGGCUAUUAAAAAGAAAAAACCCAUUGUAAUACACUCUCGCGAUGCAGAUGACGAUAUCGUUCAAGAACUAUUAAAGCAUGAUUUACGUCUGCAUAAAAUUCAUAGACAUUGUUUUACGGGCAAUGUACAAACAAUGAAAAAUUGGCUUCAAAUCUUUCCAAAGUCUUUUGUUGGUUUCACUCCUCUUGUGACAUAUGACAAUAGCCAAAGAUGUCUGAACAUACGAGAAUGCGUAAAAGAGAUACCAUUGAAUAAGUUAUUGAUUGAAACUGAUUCCCCAUAUUUCUUACCUUCUGAAAUUCCAAAAAAUUACUUUGACAAUAAUACUUCUUAUCCACCAAUGGCAGUGACUGUGGCUGCGGAAAUAGCUUCCAUUCGGGGGAUAACGACCGAUGAAGUAUUAUUUCAUUGCAGAAGAAACGUAAGAGAAAUGUACGGUAUUAUAUAUUAA